CUCCUCUCCAUUGCUGCUGUGGUGCGCUGCUGAGUUGAAGCGCAACAGCCCGGAGAGCGCAGCAGCGACUUCACCGCUGCAACUUUGAUGACAGGGUUUUUUGGAGCCGUCGAUGAGCGCGUUUGAAGUGCCUUGCUGGUGAAGACAAGGGAGUCGAGUCUCGACCUGCGGUUCCCCCUCUGCCAGUCGGAUCAAAAUGAAAUUCCUGAUUUGUAUGAUAGCAGUCGCCUUGGCGGUUGGAUCUACACACGGAGGUACCAAGUCUGACGAGCCGUGUGCAGGCCUGGACUGCAGCGGAGGAUGCAAGUGCAACCCAGAGAAAGGCAGCAGGGGUCGUCCUGGGACUCUCGGUGAGGUUGGUCCGAGCGGGCCAGAGGGGCCUCGCGGGUCUGUGGGGUCUCCAGGGCCUAAAGGAGAGAAGGGCCACCUUGGACUGAGAGGACCAUCUGGGCCAAAAGGAGACAAAGGACCUAUGGGAGUGCCCGGGUUCCAAGGAGCUGAUGGAGUACCUGGUCACCCUGGUCAGGACGGUAGCAGAGGAGCACCGGGACUGGACGGUUGUAACGGGACCAGAGGAGAACCUGGAGAUCCCGGCUUUGGGAUAGGACCACCUGGACCAUCUGGUUUGGCUGGGCCUACUGGGCCAAAAGGUCAGAAAGGAGAGGCUCGAUACAUCACGUCGGAUAACGAGAUCGUGAGUUUACCUGGUCCCCGAGGACUGGACGGAGAGCCUGGUAUCAGAGGUCCUGAUGGUCCAGUUGGUUUUCCUGGUCCAAGAGGCCCUGAAGGAUUCGCUGGCCCACCUGGUCCUCCCGGUCCCCCAGGGCCAAUGGGGAGCCGUAGUGACGGAUAUCAAGGCGAGAGAGGAGACAAGGGCGACGUGGGCUUGCCCGGUGACCCCGGCCAGCCAAUGAUCAAUGGCGUUGUGGAGUUUGUGGGUUUUCCCAAAGGAGACAAAGGAUUCCAGGGUGAACCUGGACGUAAGGGAAUCCCUGGGUACCCUGGCAAUCCCGGCCCACCUGGACCUUUUGGCUAUCCCGGUGAAUAUGGAGAGAAGGGCAUUCCUGGAUACCCAGGAGCAAGAGGCGCUCCAGGUUUUAACGGACCUCCUGGCGCACCAGGACAACAGGGAUACAGAGGUGAUUCAGGUUACUCCGGGCAACAAGGAUACCCUGGAGCCAAGGGAGAGCAGGGAGACCCCGGAGUCCCAGGACCUCCUGCUUACGUUACUGGUCUGGGCACUUCUGUUCAAGGAUCACCAGGUGACCCAGGUCUGAAUGGUCUGCCUGGUGCUCCCGGUGACCAAGGAGCUCAAGGGUUCCAAGGGCCACCAGGUCGACCAGGAAUUGGUGGUUAUAAUUCAGGUGCCGGCUCUCAAGGUUUUCCAGGGACCCCAGGCCCAAAGGGAGAGAAAGGUAACCCUGGCAUACCUGGCUAUGGCUCCGAAGGAAUCCCAGGCUCCCCAGGACUCCCUGGAUCCCCCGGUCCUCGUGGACCUCCUGGCCCUUUUGGAUUGUCCGAACCCUGCGUCAUCUAUCCUGAUGGGUCCAUCGGGCCUAAAGGUGGUCCGACAGGGACAGGAACUAGUUACCCUGGACAGCCUGGGUCGCCUGGUUCCAGAGGACCUCAGGGUGACAGAGGACUCACAGGGGCCAGAGGGGCUCCCGGUGACUGUGCCUGUCGUGGAGGAGGCACCUCAGGGUACCAAGGGUUACCUGGUGUUCCAGGAACCGAUGGCAGCCCUGGUUUCCCUGGGCGAAAAGGUGAACUUGGUGACACUGGAUCCCCCGGCUUUAAUGGUGUUCAGGGACCUCCUGGUCGUCCUGGUCCUAGUGGCACCUACGGCCGUAAAGGAGAAAAGGGGACGUCUUACUACCCCAACGUGGGUUUGGGAGUGAAGGGAGAGCUCGGAUCUACUGGACCCAGAGGACCUACGGGUGAAACUGGAAAACCUGGCAGAGAUGGACUGCCUGGCUUCCCUGGAACUCCUGGACCCCCAGGUGAUGCUGGCUACGGCACAGUCGGGGAGAAAGGUUUCCCGGGGUUCCCAGGGGCAAAGGGUCGUCCUGGCGGCCCCGGUGAGGCUGGUGCAGGUUACGUCGGAACGCCCGGCUUUCGUGGAGAGCCUGGAGAGCCUGGUAUAGCAGGGUUGCCAGGGGCACCAGGUUUGCCCGGACCAAGAGGUGAAAACAGCUGUGGAGGGGUUAAUGGCACCGGAGAGGGAACGGGCCAAGUGUUACCUUGCACCAUACCUGGUGAGGAUGGAGCACCCGGUUACCCCGGUUUACCUGGACCACCAGGUCCUAAAGGUCAGUCAGGUUUCGCAGGAGGCUCUGGACGUCCAGGGUUUGAUGGUGCCAAAGGAGAAAGAGGAGACCCUGGCUUUGGAGGCCAGCCUGGGCCACAAGGUUUCCCUGGACCAAGAGGUGAUCCUGGAGGUCCAGGUGGUCCAGGAUCCAGUUUCGACGGAGCAAGGGGAAAAGAUGGUGCUCCAGGGCGUCCUGGAGCCAAAGGUCAGCCUGGAGAUGUAGUGGGAGCCACACCUGGAGCUCCAGGACGAGACGGUUUUCCGGGAGUCCCUGGAGACAAGGGCCAGCCCGGGACACCAGGAGGGCCUGGAUUACCUGGUUUUGACGGGCGUUCCGGUGUUCCUGGACUGAAAGGAGAGCGUGGAGUGGAUGGUUAUCCCGGUAGUCCCGGCCUUCCUGGACCUCCGGGUCGGCCAUCUAAUGGCAUUACCGGUCGACCCGGAGCUCCUGGCAGCAAGGGACUGAGCGGAUCACCAGGCUGCCAAGGUUUCCCUGGUAGAAAGGGAGAAAGAGGAGGCCCAGGUUUCCCAGGGCGAUCUGGUAGGAAGGGAGCCCCAGGACUGCCCGGCACCCCUGGUUCAUCAGGGCCAGUAGGACCACCUGGACCUCCAGGACCAGGAACCAGAGAGGGAAUCCCAGGAAUACCAGGAAGGAAGGGUGAGAGAGGUUUCGUUGGACUGAUAGGUUUCCCUGGACUACCAGGUCGUCCUGGUAGCCCAGGGUUUUCUGGAGGGAAAGGACUUGCUGGAGGAGGAGGAAGAGAUGGAGUCCCUGGCAGUCCAGGAUACCCUGGACAGAAAGGUGAGAGGGGAUACCCCGGCCUCCCCGGUGCCCCUGGUCCUUCUUAUCCCGCAAGCUAUGCGGAGAAAGGAGACCCCGGUUUCUCUGGAGGCAGUGGCCUUCCUGGCUUCCCCGGACCCAGAGGUGACAAAGGUCUGCCAGGCCUACCUGGUCGUCAGGGUCUGCCUGGACUUCCUGGUUUCUCUGAGCAGAGUAAAGGACAGCCAGGACAGCCUGGAUACCCUGGGCAACCAGGAGGUACAGGCUAUCCCGGACAGAAGGGAGAACCUGGAAUCAUGGGAUUCCCCGGCACGACUGGACCAAGGGGUGAUGAUGGUGCACCUGGUUUCUCUGGCAGCCCUGGAGAAUCUGGUCUUCCUGGCGGCAAAGGUAUACCCGGAGACACUUAUGUGUAUCCUGGAAGUCCAGGAGCUAAAGGCUUGCAAGGAGAUUCAGGCUACCCAGGUGGCCCUGGCAGGGAUGGCACCUCUGGUGACAACGGCUUUCCAGGAGGUCCAGGUUUCCCUGGAGCCAAGGGAGCUCCUGGUGAAGCAGGACGGCCUGGAAUAAUGGGCUCCCCUGGUUUCCCCGGACCAAAGGGUCUGCCCGGCUACCCAGGAGGAAAAGGACAAGAUGGACCUCCUGGCCUACCUGGAAGUUCUGGAGGACCUGGAACCAAAGGUUUGCCAGGACCCCCUGGUUUGGAUGGACUUAAUGGCCUUGGUGGACCUAAAGGACUCGCUGGAACCCCAGGUGGGAGUGGAGGAGGUCCCCCAGGUUCCCCUGGUUUUCCUGGGGCGAAGGGAGAGAGAGGUGUCUCCUACGGUGGAGGUCCUGGCUUCCCCGGAGCGAAGGGAGAGAGAGGAAACCAAGGUGCUCCUGGAUCCCCAGGGUUCCCUGGUCGGCCCGGACCUCCUGGUGAGACUGUGGGCUCAGACAUUCCCGGACCUAUGGGAGACUCAGGCCUUCCUGGUUUGGAUGGAGAGUAUGGUUUCCGUGGUCCUACAGGUCCUCCAGGGCCACCUGGUCCAGGCACAGCCCAGGGAGACAGAGGUGACAAUGGGCUCCCAGGCUUCCCAGGAUCCCCCGGCAGGAAAGGAGAUUCAGGAAUCCCUGGAGGCUCCGGACUCCCCGGCAGCCCUGGUUUCAAAGGAGAGCAAGGUGACAGUGGUUACAGCGGAGGAACUGGUCUCAAAGGUUUGCCUGGUGACUCUGGCUACUAUGGACUCAAAGGACCCAAGGGAUUAAGAGGCCCUUCUGGUGGUAAGGGUCCCCCCGGCAUCGUUCUUAAUUUGCCACUUCCACCCUAUGAGCAAAAAUUCGGAGACAUGGGAAUUCCCGGUGAAAGCGGACUUCCUGGUACCCCCGGAGGGCCCGGCCAGUCUGGAUUGCCUGGACGUCCAGGUCCUAAGGGUCGUCCUGGCGCUGUGGGUAAACUGGGCAGGACUGGCUCUGUUGGUCUGCCCGGACCAAUUGGUGACGGCGGACCCCCUGGUUUCCCUGGACCCAGUGGAGAACAAGGUCGCCCCGGUGCAGUCGGUCGUCCCGGUCCUGCCGGCGGCGUCGGCCGCAGCGUCGAUAUCGGCUUCACUUUGGUGAAGCACAGCCAGAACUCCCAGGUUCCCAUGUGUCCUCUGGGCAUGGCCCAGCUGUGGGAGGGAUACAGCCUGCUGUACGUGGAAGGACAGGAGAAGGCACACAACCAGGACCUCGGUCAGCCAGGGUCCUGCCUCCCCAGAUUCAGCACCAUCCCCUUCCUCUACUGCUCCCCCAACGAGGUCUGCUAUUACGCCAGCCGCAAUGACAAAUCCUACUGGCUCUCCACAACUGCACCCAUACCCAUGAUGCCCGUGUCCGAGGGGCAGAUACAACCUUACAUCAGCAGGUGUUCAGUGUGUGAGGCUCCAUCUCAGGCUGUAGCGGUCCACAGUCAGGACACGACCAUUCCCAACUGCCCCGCCGGCUGGAGGAGUCUCUGGAUAGGAUACUCCUUCCUCAUGCACACAGCAGCUGGCGCUGAGGGCGGCGGUCAGUCCCUGGUGUCUCCCGGCUCCUGCCUGGAAGAUUUCCGUGCUACACCGUUCAUCGAGUGCAACGGAGCCAAGGGCACCUGCCACUACUUUGCCAAUAAGUACAGCUUCUGGCUAACCACCGUGGAACCCAGCCAGGAGUUCCUCUAUUCACCAGGGCAGGAGACCCUGAAGGAAGGCCAGGAGCGCAUCAAAGUCAGCCGCUGCCAAGUCUGCAGCAAGUUCUUGUAGUAGGAGGAGGUGAAGGAUUGAGGGAGGGAAACAUCGGGAGGUGAUAUAGUAACACCUCAAAGAAAAGAAAGAGAGGUGUUGGAAAGAAAUCUAUGAAAACAAGAACAUGUGACUGAAAAAGAGCCCCUCUCCUGCUUCACUGGUGGUUUCAGUAUUGAGUCGAGCAACGUCAGCCCCCCCCUUUUUUUUUGAUCCCCUUUAGGAAUGAAUGGCUUAUUAAAAAAAAAAGACGCAAAAAGAGUAGGAGGGAGGAAAUGGAAAGAGAAGGGCCCUGGUGUGAUUGCUCUUCUCUAGAUUAUCACUGACAAUGGUGCUAUUGUUUAUGUUCUUUGUGUUUAUUUUAUGUCUCUUCUCAUUACGGUUUUGGCGAGAGUCAUUCUCGGCUACCUCGGAGAGUGCCACCCCUUCGGAUAGCACUGCACCGCUUACACAUCAUCAGGGCUGGACGUCUGCGUCAGCUGAGUCAGUUCAGAGAGCAAAAUCAAAUAGCAGCAACACUGAAAAGCUUGUUUUAUCUUACAGGUAAAUAAAAUCUACAGUUAGUUACAUUCUUUUUCUGAACUGAUUUAACUGAAGUGGAUGUUAACCUCGCCUGAUUCAGAUAUAUUUAGUGAAAUGGCCACCGUAAAACGUUGCUUCUGUUGCAUUUACGUUACAGUUUAUGUUUUUCUUAAAAGCUGUGCCCUCAGCAGUUACUGCACUGGUGAAUUUGCAUGUUUUAUAUGAUUUGAUUUGUCAUUUAUGAGGUUAAAUUAACUCAUAAAUACCCUUUACUGUUUUAGAUUGUGACAGUAAUUUAACCUCAUUCAUGUAUACUUCAGUUCACUUUGCAAAAUGCCCCUCGAUAAUAUAAUAUAUGCAUGAUUUCAUUAUUGUGCCAAAACAUGCAAAAUUACCAGUACAGUCCUUUAACUUUACUAUACAUUUUACAUGUUUUACACGCCUGUGUUCCCUGUACAUUUCACGAUGUGACUCUUUGGUGCUACGAAAAACCCUGACAGUCGACUUGAAAGGCAACAUGUAACAUUACGCGCUUGUUAAACAGCUUGCAAUGAAUGAAAAAGGCAAACCAGCACUUUUCCUCAAUAUUGCUGAAACAAAAUCUCCAAAAAAAAAAGAAGCUAACUCCAGGGAUGAAUGACUUGAAUGAGGCCACCCAUUCAUACAUAUAUAUACAUAUAUAUAUAUAUAUUGCACUGAUGUGAACUCCUACAAUGGGUUAAAACAAUAAACAAGUCAACUCAAGGGGGCACAUGUCUCCAUUUUCACUUUCACAGGCUUUCAUUGUUAUAUUGUGACCAAAAUACUUUUAUUAAAAUCCCAUUAAAACGCUUUGUUUUCACUAGAUUUUCAACAGGAAGUAAUCAAACACAACACACGCUGCCUGAUAGAUUGUUAAUUGUUGCUGUACAUAGUGCUUACUGUAUUUCCCAGCAAGUAUGUUAGAGCAAAAGUCUAAAAAUGCUGUUAGCUCCUUGUUUUAUUUAGAUUUUUUUUCCAGUCUCUGUGUCAUUUCACUGUCCUCGGAUGAAACAUAGGAAGAAGUCUUAUUAUUUUCUGCCUCUAAAGUGAGAUUUUUGCAGCCUUAAGUGUGACUGCUGAAUACUCUGCUGCAGAAAUAGGAAAAUACAUGGUAUGAUUUAUCAGAAUUUAUCAUUUUUAUACAUUUAAACAUAUGAAAACGAGUGAAACUGGUUAAUAUCAGUCUUCUCUCAUUAUCCUUGGACAGUGAAAGCUACUGGGUGACCAUUAUGUAACCACUAUGACCACUGUGUCUAGCACAUAGCUCUGUCUCUCUGGUGGUAGCCCUGAUUUUAUUACUAUGUCACAUUUUACUUUUCUAUUUUCUUUUUUUUUUGUCUGCAUAUGUUGUUUUGUGAUCUAGAUUGUAAUUAUUUGACCUAAGUCACGAUACUAUCCCCUGGUUUUAUUUACUGAGAUGGGAGGGAAUGGGAAGAUAAUGAUGUGUACAUUAAAUAUUAUGACAAAAAAAAUGCCUUUUUAGGAUUAUGUUUUAUAUGGAAAAUAUAUUCAUUCUGAUUUAGCAGACAUAACAACUGUUUUUAUCGUCUGUUUGGUCUUUACCCCAUGUUUCAAAACCAACAAAUCUUUUACGCAGCAACAUACUGUAAGUGCCUGGAGUGACAGAAAAGAAAUGCAGUUUUUCCUCAAAGAGGACCGAUAACAAAAAAUGGUAAUUACAUGUCUGUUAAUGUAAUGUGUAUUUCUGUGCUCACACACUUUGAAAUAAAGUUUCAAAAAUAA